AUGGGAACAGGGCCAGAGCCAGGACUGGGGACUUUCUCUGGGGAGCCUGCAGGCAGUGUUUCCAGGGCUUGCUGCUGGGAUGGGGUGCUAAUGGCAUUCACAUCCCAUCUCCCCCACACCAGGUACAUAGUGUUUGAAGGAGAAGAAGGCCAGGAUGCUGGGGGCCUCCCCCGAGAGUGGUACACGAUCAUCUCCCGAGAGAUGUUUAAUCCCAUGUACGCCUUGUUCCAGACCUCACCCAGCGACCGGGUCACCUACACCAUCCAUCCCUCCUCCCACUGCAAUCCCAACCAUCUCAGCUACUUCAAAUUUGUCGGGCACAUCGUGGCCAAGGCUGUAUAUGACAACCGGCUUCUAGAGUGCUACUUCACCCGAUCUUUCUACAAGCACAUCCUGGGCAAGUCAGUCUGGUACACAGAUAUGGAAAGUGAGGACUACCACUUUUACCAGGGCCUGGUUGACUUGCUGGCAAAUGAUGUUUCCACUCUUGGCUGUGACCUCACUUUCAGCACUGAGGUCACUGGAGUCUGUGAGGUUCGGGAUCUCAAACCAAAUGGAGCCAACAUCCUGGUAACUGAGGAGAACGAGAAGGAGCACGUGCACCUCGUGUGCCAGAUGAGGAUGACAGGAGCUAUCCGAAAACAGUCGGCAGCCUUUUUGGAGGGUUUCUAUGAGAUCAUCCCCAAAUGCCUCAUUUCCACCUGCACGGAGCAGGAGCUGGAACUUCUCAUCUCAGGACUGCCCACCAUAGACAUUGAUGACCUGAAAUCCAACACCGAGUAUCACAAAUACCAGUCCAACUCCAUCCAGGUGAGUGACCCCUCAGCAGGUGCCCCGGCCCUCUUCAGUUCUCAGGCUCAUCCCUAGGGAAA